CCACAAAGAAGUUGUUUCCAGACUAUUGUCACAGUCGAAGUCGGUGCCGAGAAGAAGGCUUUCCUUAUUCACAAAGACCUCCUCAUUUUCUACUCAGACUACUUUCGUGGCGCUUUCGACGGCUCUUUUUCCGAGGCUGCUAAAGGCAAGCUAUUUCUCGUUGAUGAGCGUGUGAAUGUAUUCAGCAUUGUCAACCAAUUCGUCUAUACACGAGAACUCUCUGACAAGGAUAAUUACGAGCUUGAUUGGGACGUCCUUAUCAGAGCUUGGAUCUUUGGCGACAAGUACCUGAUGCCUUCUCUGCAGAACAAAGUGAUGACCACACUUAUCGAGAAACACACAAGAGACAACUUUCUGCCUACACUACAGUUCAAGCUCAUCUGGAACAACACUCUUCCGGGCUCACCUCUGCGCAAGGUCAUGGUAGACCUGGUUGCUUACAAAUGUGAUCUGGGACCCUUCUUGUCCAUGGAUGGAGGCCAGCGUUGGCCACAUGAAGCACUCAUUGAGCUGCUGACGGUCGUAGGAGCCAAGAGAAAGGAAGAUAUUGGCAAGCGCGCGCUACCUGAGUCAAAUAUGGGCAAAUGUCAUUACCACAUUCACGCCGACGGCGAGAAAUGCGAUACAAAGCUCUAG